AUGUCGGCUGUUCUUCUUGACCAGGCUUCUCACCCUUCCUCCUUCCGCAACGAUCGAGACGGCCUCGCCUUCGAGGCCCUUUGUGACGAGAUUGAAUACGCCGACAUUGCGGCGGACCAAGCUCUCAAGAAACAACGGCAUCAAGAAGAAGAAGAGGAGAGGGGUUCCAAAUUUGACGCCGAAAAAGACAAGACCCAGUUCCGCCAGUAUGAAACUGCCUGUGAUCGGGUCAAGAACUUUUACCUUGAGCAACACACCAAGCAGACUGUAGCCUACAACCUCAAGGCUCGACAUAACUUCCACUCCAAGACCCGCGCCGAGAUGUCCAUCUGGGAAGCUAUGGAGCGUCUCAACACUCUCAUCGACGAGUCUGACCCCGACACUGAACUGGGCCAGAUCGAACAUCUCCUCCAGUCUGCCGAAGCUAUGCGCCGUGAUGGGCGGCCCCGCUGGAUGCAACUCACCGGUCUGAUCCACGACCUGGGUAAGCUCUUGUUCUUCUUUGAUGCUCAAGGUCAAUGGGACGUUGUUGGUGAUACCUUCCCGGUCGGCUGUGCGUUUGAUGACCGCAUCAUCUAUGGCACCAAGUCCUUCAGCGCCAACCCAGACUUCGACAAUCCAAUCUACAGCUCGAAAGAAGGCAUCUACUCACCCGGCUGCGGCCUUGACAACGUCAUGCUUUCUUGGGGCCACGACGAAUACCUCUAUCAUGUCGUUAAGGAUCAAUCAACACUGCCCGAUGAGGCUUUGGCAAUGAUCCGAUAUCACAGCUUCUAUCCAUGGCACCAACAAGGCGCUUACAGAGAGUUCAUGAGCGAGAAGGACCACGAGAUGCUCAAGGCAGUCAAAGUGUUCAACCCCUACGAUCUCUACAGCAAGAGUGACGAACGACCCAAUGUUGAGAAGUUGAAGCCUUACUACUUGGAGUUGAUCGACGAAUUUUUCCCAAAGAAGGUCAUUAAGUGGUGA